AUGAAUAACAACACCGCCCUAGCUUUGUGGAAAAUCUUCUUAAUUAUUGGUCUGUUACUCUCUUUCGUCGCUUUCAUCCUCGGUUGGAUUGGUUUCGGUGUUCCACAAUGGCAAGAACUUCGUCAAAACGGGUCAACUGAUGUAGAACACUAUGGUUUAUGGUCAUAUUGUCAGACCCAGGAAGUCUCAUUCAAGGUGUGCCAGCGAUGGCCAACUGCCGAAAAACAAUUGUAUACUGAUGCCCGACGACCUCAGUUUGUGCGCACCGCUGAGGGUCUUGUAACAACAGGAAUGAUUUUAUUGACACUUGGUUUACUUGUAGCUAUCGUAGCAGCAUUAUUGCCACGAUUAGUGUUUCUAGCAACUGUUUUAGCCUUCAUUGCGUUUAUUCUUCUCGUUGUCGCCAUACCUGUAUUCGCUCGACAAGCAAAUAAUUUUUCUAGGCGACGUGGUGAUGUCCACUACAGUCAUCGGUACGGGUUUUGGCUUUUCAUACCUGUUAUUAUACUGGAGUUUCUGUCGUUUCUAUCAUGGUUAUUAUCAGGAGUAUUUUAUGAGCUGUAUGGCUAUGGAACAAUUGCAACUCGACUCUACUACGCAGCAGCAUCACCUUAUUAUAGUUACGGAUACGCCGGUCUACAGCAGUCCCCAUCUCAAAUGUACUACCCACAACGACCUCAAUCUCUAAUGUUCGGCCCACAACGGCUCCAAUCUCAAAUGUUCGGCCCACAACGGCUCCAAUCUCAAAUGUUCGGCCCACAACGAUCCCAAUCUCUAAUGUUCGGUCCACAACGAUCCCAAUCUCUAAUCUUCAGCCCACAACGAUCGCAAAGUCUAAUAUACGGUCUACAACAGCCGCCAUCUAUCAUCUACAAUUCAUACCAACCAUCUAUCGUACGUGCCACUCAGAUUCGUCUUUCUACACCGCAAACNAUUAUUAAUUUUCCUCUGAAGAACAAAUGGCGUCGGACAACUGAAUAUAUGAAACAUUUCAAAGUCCAAAAUACAUUUUUCUUUCAUUCGUGGCCCUUAUGA